AUGGCAAUGGCAUACCAUCAACCCCAGCAGUACGCUCCACCUCCAGGUCCGCCGCCGCACCAUGCCGUGUAUGGGCACCCUCAAAGCCAGCCAACUUAUCAUCCACCGCCCGCUCCUAUGCAAUGCCAAAUCCAAGGCCGAGCUCGGUACAAAAUCACCAAGCCUUCUUUCCAUGACCGUUACGAGUGCAAGCCUGACAAUGCACCCGACGGUCUUGCACCCUACAGCCUUGCCAUCUCAAACAAUCAGAAGAAGCACCCCGACUUGGUCUUGAAUGCCGAGGGGAUCGCAAUGGCUGCCUGCUAUUUCCCAAAGACAAGCAAUUAUUACAAUAGCGACGAGAAGGUAUUCCGCAUUGGCCUUGGUGAUCCAUCAAAUGUUCGAUGGACAGAAAUGCUGUACCGCGGAAAGGAUAAAUACGGCUGGACGUUUACUUUGAACCUUCCAGACACAGAACAGCCUAUUCCAAUGACAUGGAGGAAGGACAACCGCGUGGCUGUAGAUGGUAUGAAAGCUUCUCGUUUAAGCGACAAUAACUUCAAGCUGCUGGAUCCAAAUGGCCAGCUCAUGGCAGUCUUUACAAGCCACACCAUGAGCUUCCGCCUCAGCGCUGUUGGAACUUUACAGAUCAACAUGGAUCUCGGCCCCAUGUUUGAGUAUGCCGUCAUCACAACUUUGUUGUCUAUCUACGAUUUUCAGAAGCGCGAAGAGGACAGUAGAUCAAGCAAUACCAGCGCUGCGGGUGCCGCAGCCGCCAGUAGUUCUUGUUAA